GACAUUGACAUUUGACACUGACAGCAAGCAUUAUUCUAUUACUAUCACUAUCGGUGUUGAUAAUAAAUUUAAAUUAUUUUAUUAAUUAAUAUCUUGUUGAUUAAACAAGAGACGAGUAAUACAAAUUAAAAUAACGAUGUGUUAAACUUUUUAAAUCUAGUUGAAGUUAAAUUCGCAUAAAAAAUAAAUACAAUGUAAAAAAAUGAGAAUGAAUUACACAUUUUUACUUAUUCUUUUAAAGGUUACUUUCGUGAUGCCUGGUGCUAAUGAUCUGCACUUUUAUGAUGGUUCCUCUACUGCAGAUGUCAUUGCAGGUGAUUUCUUUUUUGAGAUAAUAGAUCCACCGGAACUUGGAUACUCAUAUAGAAUAAGACCAGCAAAAGAUUUCGGAUCUGUAUUUAAUGAAACCCUACACUUCCACAAGGCUCGUUUAGUACCCACAGUGCCGUUGCAUAGUUGUUCUGAGAUAAUCAACCAUGAAGAAAUAGUUGGGCACAUUGCACUAUCUGAGAGAGGAGAAUGUUCCUUUGUUUUUAAAGCUACCAAAGCGCAACAUGCUGGAGCUAGAGCUGUGAUAAUUACUGAAUCAAUUGAUAGAUGGGAUGAUUCUUUGGAUCACCUUAUAGAAAUGGUUGAUGAUAAAAUGGAGCUAGACGUAAACAUUCCUGCAGCAUUCCUUCUCGGCCGCAGUGGAGCCACGAUACUGCGUACGCUGAGACGUUUAAAAAGAAAAUAUGCUAUAGUCAAUUUACCAGUUAAUAUGACUCAUGUACCAAUAAAUAAAAUGAAUCAACCCCCCUGGGUAGCAUGGUAAUAUCUAAUUUAUUUAAAACUGGAACAGAAGGCUAAAUGUGCGUUUAUGUUAAAGAUAUAUGUAUAAUAAAUACGUUAUUGUGGCGUCUUGACCUGACUUGACACUGAUCACCUGAUAUCAGAUUCCAAAUAUCCAAUUAAUUUAUUUUUCUGUCUGUGUAAUGUAAGAAAUAAAUUGUUCUUUAAUUGUUA